AGAGGCGUGCCAACAGAAUCAGUGCUUGAACAGCAACUUCUCUUUUGCAAUCCUUGCUGGUCUGACAGGCUCCUGCAGAAUUACAUCACUUCCUAAAAAACAGGCAAACACCUCUCCUUCAAGUCAGCACCGACCCAAACAAGCAGGAAACAGGAAAUGUUCACGUUUCAGGGAGGCUGCAACCCGGCGCAGCAUCCUGAGCGCGCCUCCGCCGAGGCGAGCGGACAUGCAGGCUCCCCGCGCAGCCCUGGUCUUCGCCCUGGUGAUCGCGCUCGUUCCGGUCGGCCGGGGUAAUUUUGAGGAAUUAGAACACUCAGGAGAUACAACUGAGGAAUCUGAAAGACCAAAUGAAGUGACUCCUCCAAGCAUAUUUGCUGCAGUGACCGCCACAGAAACAUUAACUGCAAAUAUAAAUUCUACCGACAUUGCUCCGGAUGAAAAUCAGUUACAGUUUAUACUGAUGGUAUUGAUCCCUUUGAUUUUAUUGGUCCUCUUACUUUUAUCUGUGGUAUUCCUUGCAACAUACUAUAAAAGAAAAAGAACUAAACAAGAACCUUCUAGCCAAGGAUCUCAGAGUGCUUUACAGACAUAUGAACUGGGAAAUGAAAACGUGAAAGUCCCUAUUUUUGAGGAAGAUACACCCUCUGUUAUGGAAAUUGAAAUGGAAGAGCUUGAUAAAUGGAUGAACAGCAUGAAUAGAAAUGCCGACUAUGAAUGUUUACCUACCUUGAAGGAAGAGAAGGAAUCAAAUCACAACCCAAGUGAUAAUGAAUCCUAAACCUGAAUGGCACUCAUGUUUUCCAAGAGAAGCAACCCCUGAGGGAGUCCGCUGAGCCUGCCAACUGAGGAUGAAGAGGAUACAAAUUUAAUUAAUUUCAAAUCAACAUAGACACAAGAACCUUUUGCUGUUUCUUCCAACGCCCACUCUUCCUAAUGAUGGCAUCACUUGCACUUGGAAGAAUGUGCAAUUGAGAAGUACUAGGAAAAGGCCUGGCUGCCAUCCAUCGCUGCCUCUGAGGGUGGAGAAGGAGGCGGGUGAUGUGCUCACUUCUGAUCAAUGCGCGUUGCCUCCUCUCAGCCAGCUUCUAGCUCACUGCACUCACUCUGCUCAUGCUAAAUGUUCGUCACCUUUCUGCUUCAUUCCUUAGGGCCUAAAUCAGGAAGCCGUUUUAUCAAUGGUUUCCUUUUGGGCCACUAACCAGCUUUGGAUAAUUUCCUCUGAUUAUUCAAGUCCUCGGACAGGUAAACUACAUUCAGCAGAACUUUUCUCAAGGAGUGUUAUGUCAUGGAAAAGACACCAAACACAGCAAGUGUUUUAAUGAAAACACCAUCCCAGGGGGUCAGUGUGCUCUGCCUGCCAAGAAGACACAGUGAGAGGGUCCACAGUCCUGAUGAGAUGGCGUUUGGUAACUUGUAGACCCUGACAUGGCCAGGUCUGGUCACCCUUAAGAACUUCUCAGAGAAACUAGGAAUCUUCGGUGAAAGAACUUAUGUACUCCUCAGCUGAAAUUCCCUUGCUUGUCAGCAUUUCUGCAAAGCUCACACUUGUUUCACCAUCCCUCCCUUGGAUGUGACAUGUGGGUAGGAAGUAUGUGCAGGUAGGAGUCAUCUGUCAGCCUAUGUUUCAGAGAUCCUGAAGGUGGUUUGAAACAAACAGAAGAGAAGCAGGAAAUAUCUGUGCCCGUGGCAGGUAUCACUCAUCAUGCUUAGCAUUCUCUCCUGCCAAGCUGGGAUAAGCCUCAUGUCCUAACACAGCACCCCAGGAGGUCUCUGUCAAUCCAUCAGAGAUGACAUUCUAUGUGGGAUUUUUGACAUCCUUGUGCUAAAAGCAAUGGCACAAAAUGGAAAAGGGCCCACUGACCACACCUACUCCAAUAAAACCGAUCUCCAUUUAUUCCUUAAUUUUCUAAAUCUGACCCCUUUAAAUCAAUCUAGCAAAUUGAGAGUCCUCAGCUCUCCUUGGAUACCUGAUAUUUUAUUUCAAGAAAGACAAAGAAGGAAAAUUUUAUUCAUUUUGCUACCCACAUAUGAACCAAGGGGAGAUGGGACUACCCAAACAUUUGCUGCCCAGUUUUGUGUCUUGUGCUUGAAAGUCUGCCCUAAUGCAUAACAAAAAGUACUUGUCUCCUACCUUUUGGGAUCCCUUUAACAAGUAUUUGCCUUCUGAACUACGUGGAUAAUUUCAAAGGCAGAGUUCCAGACCAGAAAGGUCUUUCCAUACAAUGAAAGCUAUAACUAGCUGGUUGUGUUUAACCACUGUUAUCACGCUAUCCUGGGACUGCAUAGAGCUUUGACAAAAGACAGACUUCAUGGUACAUAACUUCAACAGAUUUGUCUGUCAUAUUCUCACCAGCACAUCUGAAUGAGGCUUUGUGUUUUCCUUGCUCUCUUGCAUGUUCCUUUUCAACUCAUGGCCCACAGUGACUCUCAGAUAUUUAUGCCAAAAUUGCAUACAAUUGUUUUCUGAAUCAUAACUUGUCUAUUUUUCUGCCUAUGUGUGCUGCUUCCAGUUUGUUUCUCAUCAACAUUUUGACUCUCAGAAGAGCCUCCAUUUGCCUCUUUCUCUCUUUAGGUAUCUAAGAUCUUUGAACACUUGGGCCUUUACAUUUGAUCCAACCCUAUCAAAUAAUGAACUUUUAGAAGUUCAGAGAAGUAUCUGGGGUCCUGGAAUCUCAUGUUGAUGAAGUCAUAUUUUAUAAUACGAUAAAAAUAUUAUCAUUCAGUAUGUUACAUAAUUCCAAUUCUAGAAGAAGCAAAUUUCAGUGACUUGUCAUUGAGUUUUUAUUUGGUAAAGCUAUACUUGUACAGUGUACAAAUCACUUUUUAAGAAGAUGCUUUGUUCUAUCAAGGUAUAUGAAGUUGGUAUACGGCCACAACAGUCAAGCCUCAAUUCUUGUACCUUGUGUCUUUUUAAUUACUGUUUAAUCAAUAGAUAUCAUAUGUUUAUGACAGUUUCAAGAAUUGUUUUUAAACCCAAACUUAAUUUUAUGUUUCAGACUAUUGUUAGAAAAACAAAACAGAACAAAAAAACAAAAAAAUCCCUCACUAAUUUGCCCUAAUAGCCAAUCAGAACAAAAUCUGACUUUAGAAUAUUUAGCAGAUAUGUAAGUUUGAUUGCAUUUUUGUACAUUUUAAGCAAACUAGGUUAACAACAACAUAGCCUAGUCAAACUUCUCAGGAAACUUGUUUUAAUAAACAUGUAAAAAUAC